CGAAACAUCAGCCACUCAAAUGGCACACACUUGUCUGCUGCUGGCUAUGAACCCAGCCAUUCAACAAAAAGCAUAUCAGGAAGUUCAGCAGUUCAUAGAAACUGAGAACUCGUACAUUGACGCAGAUAUCCUUCGGAAACUCGUCUACAUAGAAGCAGUUUUGAAAGAAUCGAUGCGACUACUGCCAGUUGGAUCACUGAUAUCCCGAAAAAAUCUUCAAGACAUCGUUCUCGAUGGCCACAUAAUCCCCAAAAACACCCCGCUGCUGAUGAAACCGUACUCACUGCACCGCCGUCCGGACAUCUGGGGUUCGGACGCCGAACAGUUCGUCCCGGAACGAUUCCUCGGAGAAGACUCCAAACGACGACAUCCGUACGCAUUCAUCCCGUUUAGCGGAGGUCCUCGGGGCUGCAUUGGACUUCGGUAUGCUAUGAUGACACUGAAGAUUAUGCUGGCGUUGAUUUUGAAGAAUUUCGAAAUCAGCACCCAACUGAAGUAUCGGGAUUUAAGGAUCCAUUACCAGCUAUCGCUGAACCUUGCUGGUCCCCAUGCGGUUAGCUUGGAACGGCGAAGGUGA